AUGGAGGGAGAAAACCAGACAAGCGCCUCUGAGUUCAUCCUCCUAGGGCUCUCCAGCCAGCCUGAAAGGCAGGAGCUGAUCUUUGGGCUCUUCCUUGUCAUGUACCUGGCCGGGGCAGCAGGAAACUUGCUCAUCAUCCUGGCCAUUGGCUCAGACUCCCACCUCCACACGCCCAUGUACUUCUUCCUCAGCAACCGUUCCCUGGUGGAUUUCUGCUUCAUCUCUGCCACAGUCCCCAAGAUGCUUGUGAACAUCCAGAUGCAGACUUGGUCCAUUUCCUAUGGUGGCUGCUUAGCCCAGAUCUACUUCUGCAUUUUGCUUGCCAACAUGGACAACUUUCUCCUGACAGCAAUGGCUUAUGACCGCUACGUGGCCAUCUGUCACCCACUGCACUACUCCACCAUGAUGAGUCUGCAAAUCUGUGCCCUGAUGCUGGGGAGCUCCUGGCUCAUUGCCAGCCUCCACUCCCUGCUACACACUGUCCUCAUGGCUCGACUGGAGUUCUGUGCCAGCAACAUCAUCCCUUACUUCUUUUGUGACCUUAUUCCCCUGCUCCAGCUCUCCUGUUCUAACACCCAGCUCAACCAGCUCAUGAUUCUGCUGGUGGGGGGCUUGAUUGUUCUCAUCCCCUUUCUCAGCAUUCUUGUGUCCUACACCCACAUUGUGUCUGCUGUGCUCAAGGUCCCAUCUGCCAGGGGCAAACAAAAGGCCUUUUCCACCUGUGGCUCUUACCUCACUGUAGUCCUUCUCUUCUGUGGGACCAUCACAGGGGUCUACCUGAAUCCCUCAUCCUCCCACUCAGCUGACAAGGAAUCACUGGCUUCAGUGAUGUAUAUGGUGGUCACACCCAUGCUGAACCCCUUCAUCUACUGCCUGAGGAACAAAGACAUGAAGGGAGCUCUAAGAAAACUAUUGGAGGGAAGGCUUUAUCCUGUGGGCGAUGACAGCCCCUCUCAGGGCCUUUGUGCUGGGAAUGGGAUGAACCAGGGACAGGCUCCACAUAUAGAAGGCUGGAAAAACACAGACCUCAUUGUCUUGGGUCACCAUGGCCAGGGAGUCCUCUCAUUACUCCAUAAGUAA